AUGGUUUUGUGCCGUCAGUUGUCCGCACUCUUCCUCACCAUUAUUGACUUUGCCACCGGUGAGUCGUCACACAUCACAGUUCAUAAUGGUGCCGUCCGUUCGUUUCAGAAAUGAUCUACAGAUGCCGUCGCCGCUUCCGCCGCACCAGCAGCUCUGUGUCUUUUGUGAUGGAGGAGUUGCCGAGACCGUCGUCGAAUCCCGACCACUUCUUCGGUUUCAACGUCGACGCGGAGAUCGAGGAGAAUGAGGAGAACGAAUUCCGCUCCAAAAUGCUCAAAUUCAUUGAGAACAAGUAUAAUCUCCGGCUUGGCGAUAGAAUCGAGGACGAGUCGACCGUCUAGAAACUGUUCUCUUCUAGAAUCUUCCGUUGUUUCUGUCCAAAUUUUCUGCGAUAAUAUUCUGUCCUUUCCUUCCUUCUCACCCCAGUAUAACCAAACUCCACAACUUGAAAUGAACCGAUGAUCCAACAUUUUCUUUUUUCUUUCAAAACCGUUAAGAACGGGGAGCUCUUAUCACUGUUGUUUUUUCGCCUUAAUUAUCAUUCAUUCCAAUCCUUUCUUCCAGAGCAAACCGUCGAAUAAACUUGCAUUCCAUUUCAGCUCGAACAUUGGCACCACACAUCUUGACAUGCUCGAAAAAAUCUACGCGAUCGGGAAAGCCGUCGUCGAUUUCGGCAAACGCCUUGUUUGCGGUGAGUUGCACACCGUUUUGGGGCAGAACUUUCUGGCGCUCAUUCAUGUCACACUAAUGCCACUUUAAGUAGCCGUAUUAUCGAUUUUCCCGACUUCUGAUAAUGAUGACACUCAUAAACUUUUUUUUGACAAAAAAAAAAAUUUUAACAGCCAAAUUUGUGCCAGAUUAGCCACGAAAAACCGAUAAUUUCUCAUUUUUCUCUCGAUAGACCGAUUGUAUAGGGCUAUUACGAAUUUUUCAAGCGAAAGAGCGUCAAAUUUGGUAAAGUCGCAAAUCAAAUGUAUCCGUUUGAAGGUUUUUGGCUAAAACUGCGUGAAUUUCAGUUGCUUUUCGGUAGUUUUCGCGGUUCGAGCGCUCAAAAUGCUUGUAUUUACGUGAUUUAUCAUUCUCAAAACCAAUUCUGUCGGAAAACGGUCAAGAAAGCGCAAAAUGAGAAGGCGGCGAUCGGCGGCGAAGGCGAAAAAGCAAAGUCGGCGAAAAAAGCGCCAAAACGUCAUUAAUUCUGAGAAUUAGUGUGUUUUCAUAAUUAUGUCACUCAUAGACACAUAUCACGGGCGGUUAUCGUGCGAAACGAAAAAAUAAUACUUUUUAGGGGCGAGGGGCACACACGCAAUCGUUCCAAUUUCUCGUGAACAAAAGAGGGGCGCUACGCACGCGUGUUGGCGCGAAUUUUAAAUUUGAAAAACAAAGACUUUGUUACAGAUCCAAAGUCUUUUUCAAAAGUUGUUUUGUAUUCGGGCCAACUCUCCUGUGUAGCGUUGCUCUUUUUUGUACGAUUUUGUAGUAAGUCAAUUUUUUGCUCGACAAAUCUAUGUAUAUCAUCACUUCACCGCUCGUGCCCCCUGAGAAAAGCCCGCGAAGUUCAAAUGGGGCCCCGCCCCUUCACCGUUCAAUUCUUGCAAGUAGCGCGCGCAGUUUUCGCAACGCUGCCGCACGCAGUUUGCUCUUCAGUUCGACAGUGAAAAAACAAGUGAAAAAACUUUCGUUGUCGGUUUUUAGUGUGUAUUUUUUCCGAAAAGAUGAUGCAACAAGGCGACAGAAUAGGUUUUGAUAGCAAAAAAAUAAUUUUCUGCUUUAAUUUUCAAGAAUUCGGCGUUGAGAGAAAUGUGUGCGGCAGCGUUGCGAAAACUGCGCGCGCUACUUGCAAGAAUUGAACGGUGAAGGGGCGGGGCCCCUUAAUUUGAUUCCAAAAAGGAAGCACUUGAACGUUGAAAAACACAAUUUUUUCACAAAAUUUCUAUUCAAAUUUAAUAUUAGUUUAUUAUUUGUGAAAAAAUUAAGAUUCAAAAAAUACUUAUUGCGCGUAGUAUCUGGUGCCAAGUACGCAAAAUAUCUAGAACGGUGUUUGCACAGGGGCGACACGCAGCCAAUGGGCGUACGCCGGCGUAAAUGCGGCAAACGAAAAUUUUGAAUCGGUGCGUAGCGCCCUUCGAAAAUAAAUUCAAAUUUUUAUGGCGGGAGUUCUGAAUGAACACACGUGCGCACGAGCGGUGAAGUGAUGAUAGCUGUUGUCCGUAAAUUACCGAGAAUGUCUCCUUAAGGCCCUAAUAAGUCCAUUGUAAGGUUGUCAACAGAGAGACACACAACCUAUCAGAAGAGGAAAAGAUAACACACACACACACACACAUUGAAAAGAAUGUUGGCAAAGCAUCAGCAAUAUAUUUCCUAUAUUCUUUAAUUCUCAAACUCUGUUAUAUUAUUCUGUUGCUCAAGUGUGGAAGAUGAACAAUGGUUCUCCUUAAGAAUACCGCUACACUGCGUGGUAAUUCGGUCGCUCUGGAAAAGUAUAGAAGAGUGUGGCAAUAGGUCGGAAAAUUCGAUCUUUCGUCACACUUUAGACUAUAGUCUUCCUUCGAUCUCAUAAAAUAAAUGGAAACUUUUCAGGACUCGCCACAAUUAAUGACAUUGAAAUUACGGAAGACGCGCGUUUUCAAACACUCAACGAACGAGGUGUGUCUGCGCCGAUUCCGAUUCCGAAGGUGAACAACUAUUCGGAAUUAGAUGUGCUCAGCGACGACUCCGGCUUCAACUCGUCGUCCUCUUCCCUCUACUCGGAGCCCAUUUCCGUACCGCAACGCUUCGCAGCUCCCGUGGAGAGCGACUUCGGAUGGCAGGCCUUCCACGAUCCACGUGUCUGCCCGGGAUGCCGUGCUGGCCGUAAAAUCGCCCGGGUUUUCGAGCGCGGUCCGAUGUUCGAUGUAUUCUAA